CCUAAACAAAUGGGCUCUAUUUCCGAGAAAAGUAUCAAAACCGUUAAGCCCACAAGCUUCAACGACGCGGAAACUUUUCUCCAGCAACAAUGGAGUAUGUAACCCUAGAUCGAAUCGAAAACUAGUACAGUCCGAAAUCAUUUUAUUCCAAGUUUCUUCCCGUUAGAUCAUCAAUUCGCUUUAGCUUGAUAGUUGAAAAAGAGAUACAAAGAGGAAGAAGAGAGUAGAGGAAGAAGAAGGAGAUGUUGAAGUUCUUAAAGGGAGUUGUGGGUGGAUCUGGCACUGGACCAAAAGAUCUACCUUACAAUAUCGGCGAUCCUUACUCCACCGCCUGGGGUUCCUGGACUCACCAUCGAGGCACCUCCAAGGAUGAUGGAUCUGCUGUUUCAAUAUUUGCUCUCUCUGGAAGUAAUGCCCAAGAUGGUCAUCUGGCAGCUGGUCGUAAUGGUGUGAAGCGUCUUCGGACUGUUAGACAUCCGAAUAUUCUGUCCUUUCUUCACAGUACAGAAGUUGAAACUUUUGAUGGUUCUUCUACAAAGGUUACUAUUUAUAUUGUCACCGAGCCUGUCAUGCCAUUGUCUGAAAAGAUCAAGGAGCUAGGCUUAGAAGGUACACAAAGGGAUGAGUACUAUGCAUGGGGGUUGAACCAGAUAGCUAAGGCUGUGAGCUUUCUAAACAAUGACUGUAAACUUGUUCACAGUAAUGUUUGCUUGGCCAGUGUUGUUGUCACACAAACUUUGGACUGGAAGCUGCAUGCUUUUGAUGUGUUAUCUGAGUUUGAUGGGAACAACGAAAAUGCAGCUGGUCCGAUGCUGCAAUACGAAUGGCUAGUUGGAUCUCAAUAUAAGUCAAUGGAGAUGCUAAAGUCUGACUGGGCUGCAAUCAGAAAAUCUCCACCAUGGGCAAUUGAUUCUUGGGGCUUGGGCUGUCUUAUUUACGAACUUUUUUCUGGUACCAAAUUGAGCAAAACGGAGGAGCUGCGUAACACGGCUUCCAUUCCCAAGUCUCUGCUUCCAGAUUAUCAGCGGCUAUUAAGUUCUAUGCCUUCUCGCAGGCUGAAUUCUUCAAAGCUUGUCGAAAAUAGCGAAUAUUUCCAGAACAAGUUGGUCGACACAAUACAUUUCAUGGAAAUUCUGACAUUGAAAGACAGUGUUGAGAAGGACACCUUCUUCCGCAAGCUUCCAAAUUUAGCAGAGCAGCUUCCUCGCCAGAUUGUGCUGAAAAAGCUAGUGCCUUUAUUAGCUUCUGCCCUUGAAUUUGGCUCUGCUGCUGCUCCUGCUUUGACUGCAUUAUUGAAAAUGGGCUCUUGGCUUUCUGCUGAAGAAUUUAAUGUCAAGGUACUGCCAACAAUUGUGAAACUAUUUGCCUCAAAUGACCGAGCUAUUCGAGUUAGUCUGCUGCAGCAUAUUGACCAAUUUGGAGAGUCCUUAUCAGCUCAAGUUGUUGAUGAGCAAGUUUAUUCUCAUGUUGCCACUGGAUUUUCUGACACAUCUGCUUUUCUUCGGGAAUUGACUCUUAAAUCCAUGCUUGUUUUGGCUCCUAAGCUCUCUCAACGUACCACUUCAGGAUCCUUGUUGAAGUAUCUUUCUAAGUUACAGGUCGAUGAAGAGCCUGCAAUCAGAACAAACACAACCAUAUUACUAGGCAAUAUUGCAAGCUACUUAAAUGACGGGACGAGGAAGAGAGUUUUGAUUAAUGCUUUUACAGUCCGUGCAUUGCGUGACACUUUUUCUCCUGCCCGAGGUGCAGGUAUUAUGGCCUUAUGUGCAACUAGUUCUUAUUAUGAUGUCACAGAAAUUGCGACUCGGAUUCUUCCGAACGUUGUUGUACUUACCAUUGAUCCUGACAGUGAUGUUCGAUCCAAGGCAUUUCAAGCUGUCGAUCAAUUUUUGCAAAUAGUUAAGCAAGAUAAUGAGAAGACAAAUGCUGGAGAUACUACUGGUGCUGGAAACUUAGGGAUCUCCUCAAUGCCUGGAAAUGAUAGUAUACUUGGAUGGGCCAUGAGCUCCUUGACUCUUAAAGGUAAACAUUCUGAACAGGCUCCUCUUGCGUCGGCAAAUUCCCGCCCACCUCUUGCUUCUGCAACAUCCGCUUCUAGCUCUGUGAUGGAUGCUCCAGGUACGGCACCUCUUCGAGUAAAUUCUAGCCCUGACCUUACGAGUCAACCAUUACCUGAGUCCCCUACUUCAACGGAGGGAUGGGGAGAAAUUGAAAAUGGAAUACAUGACAAUGAUAGUGACAAAGAUGGGUGGGAUGACAUUGAACCACUUGACGAUCCAAAGCCAUCUCCAGCUCUUGCAAGUAUUCAAGCUGCUCAAAAGCGGCCUGUGCAACUUGUUGCACAGCCAAAACCACAAGGUACAAGUUUGCAACCAAGAAAUACAGUGAGGGUGACAAAAGAUGAAGACGAGGACUUGUGGGGUUCAAUUGCUGCCCCUGCCCCAAAAACUACUAAACCUUUGAAUGUGAAAGCUUCUGGAACAUUUGAUGAUGAUCCCUGGGCUUCCAUUGCUGCUCCUGUUCCUACUACAAGGGCUAAACCUUUAUCGGCUGGCCGAGGCCGCGGAGCUAAACCUGCUGCUCCGAAACUGGGUGCACAAAAGAUAAACCGAACAUCUUCUGGGACCUGAAGAAGAAACAGGCAAGAACCAGGGUCCAGAGACCAGGACUGUACAUUCUUUCUUUUUUUAAAAUUUGCAUUUCGUGGCUGGGUUUCACAUUUAAAGCACAGUGUACCCUGUUGAAUAUGAAUAUGUAUCAGAUGCAUGGCAUACAUAUUAUUUGAUUUGUAAUACCAUUCUUUCAUUCCAAGUAAUAUCUUGGAAAAAUGAGGACAUCUGAUAGAAAGUUUUGUCUUAAAGUUAGCUACAGUGAAGUGGUGAAGGGCAAACACUGAACUUUUUAAAUUUCCUUGAGAUGAUCUCCAAGUCCAGAAA